GCUGUUUGGCAAAAGAGUUGCGCCUCUUUGUACACACGUUUUCCCUUCAUUGACAGUAAAUACGGAAAAUGAACGGCAAUAAUUAUAUGCAAUGAUGACAUAACGCUGCAAGAUCAGGUUUUUAGUGACAAGACACUGACAGAAUUAUAAUGGAGACCCAGCAUUCAGCAAAGUUCUUCAACUCUUUCUUGGAACACGUCCAGCUUCUGUGCAAGUCCUACUUGACCUUUGACCAGGUCGUGGAGGUCAGUGGUUACAUCUGCCUUGACCUUGACAAUUGCAAGAAGGAGCGCUACGUUCUCAGUGAGUUGGUUCAGAAGCAGGGGCAGACGGUCAGUGAGAGCUUCUGUACUAAGGUGCUGAAGACGGUUCAGGGAGCUGGUGUAAAGACUGCCCACCCAACAGCACCGACAGGUGCUCAAGAUAAGGAGAAUACUCCUAGAGAUGGAUCUGUGACUCAGCUCCGAUGUGGCAGCGAGGAGAGACAGCCUAGUGUCAGAUCACAGUGUGUUCCGAGGGAGAGAAGCGUGGAGUCGGUGUUCCCGAGUCGCGAUGUGAAUGAGAGUGUGAGGCAGGAGGCAAGCAUGUUACGAGGUGUUGAACUGACGGAACGGACACACAGAGAGCAACAGGACACUACAGGUCCUGAUGGUGCGGGCCAUCAACAGCUCAAGGGAGAGUCGGACGACCAGGAUGAAAAUAUUGAGAUCAAACAGGAGGUGUUUGAAGAUGAGGUUGUGCAAGGCAGUGCUGGGCUUUGUAACCAAGGUAACCGUGGCUCUUGGCUGACGUCGCUGGGAGCCCAACAGUUGAAAGAAAGAAUAAAUAUUGUCAGUAAUGCUAAAAUGUCUUUACAGAGGCAUUCAAAUCUGUCAACAAGUUCCACUAGGGUCAACAGGUCCGAGAGUCAAGAGAGACCGUAUCAUGUGCCACCAAUAUCCACCAUAUUUUCUCCAUCUGCAACAGCCACAAGCUCUGUUUCUAACUCAAUGCCUGUGAAUUUGUUGAGGCCAGGGAUGUUCAUGACAUCCAGAACGAAUGGUUUGAUGCCAACAUCCAGCACCACACAAAACGCAUCCUUUCCUUUCCCCAGUGUCCUUGGGAGAGGGCAUAUAGACGACUCCAUGUUGGACGUAGCAGACGUGGACUGGGGUGAAGGUCACCCAGCGGCUGCACAGCAGUCACUGUUUGGACUUAAUGCGAACUACCAGGUGCAUGAUUUGAUCAACACACCUUGCAGAUGGUCGCGCAAGAGGAGAGGCAAUCCAACAUACCGCGUGAAACAGAACUGGAGAUAUGCUGUACGUCAGUUUGAAAACUUUCUACGUUUCAAGGGCCAAGAGGUGAUCCCGAUCAACACGAUCCCGGCCUCGCAGCUGGAUGGCAUGCUGUGUGAGUUUCUCCAGUGGGUUAAGAAGAGUAACGGGGAAGACUUUCAUCCUUGGUCCAUGAAGAAUUUCUUCUAUCAUUUAGAAUGUCACUUGAAGGAAGCUGGAUAUGCUAACUCUAUCACCAAAGAUGUCGAAUUUCAGAAUUCUCGCGAUGUCCUCAAGAGGAGAAUCACUGAACUGCAGUUGAGGCUUCACCCAACAGGCCUCUGAAGGCUUCCUUGGCAUCAAGCAGGUGUCUGGCGUCAUGCAGGUUUCCAUGGCUUCCUGUAUGUUUCCAUGGAAACGUGAAAGUUUCCAUGUUAUCACGCAGGUUUCCAUGGCGUCAUGCAUGUUUCCAUUGUGUCAUCUGGGUUUCCAUGGAGUCGUGCAGGUUUCUGUUGUGUUAUGUGUUAUGCAGGUUGUCAUGGCUUCAUGCAUGUUUCCAUGGAGUCAUUCAGGUUUCCAUGGAGUCAUACAGGUUCCCAUGGAGUCAUACAGGUUUCCAAAGCAGUUAUCGUUUCUAUUAAUCAUGAAGUAGUAACAAGUUCCAUAUAUCAUACAGCAUGUACUAUAGAAACCAUGUUUCCAUUGCCUGAGUGAAAGGAAAUUAAUGUACAUGAUCUGGUAUACUAUCAGAUCGUAGAGCUAUGAACAAAGAUAUGUCAGAUGGCUGUAUACUAUCAGAUCUUAGAGCUAUGAACAAAGAUAUGACGGAUGGCUGAUAUGACAGAUGGCUGUACAUAAUCUUAACACAAUAUUCACCGAAUUAGGGAUUACUGCAUUAAUCAGCCAGGUUUCCAUAGAGUCGUGCAGGUUUCCAUGGAGUCGUGCAGGUUUCCAUGGAGUCAUGCAGGUUUCCAUGGAGUCGUACAGGUUUCCAUAGAGUCGUGCAGGUUUCCAUAGUUUUAUUUAGGUUUCCAUGGAGUCGUGCAGGUUUCCAUGGAGUCGCGCAGGUUUCCAUGGAGUGGUGCAGGUUUCCAUGGAGUCGUGCAGGUUUCCAUGGAGUUGUGCAGGUUUCCAUGGAGUCGUGCAGGUUUCCAUGGAGUCGUGCAGGCUUCCAUAGUGUUAUUUUGGUUUCCAUGGAGUCAUGUAUUACCCAGUUUAAUUGGUGUAUUCUGUUCCCAAGGCUACAUGUGUUUACAGAAAGAAUCUCAAUGGUAAUUUGUUUUCAGAUUUCCAAACCCCAAAUCCAUUCAUUGAUUCUCAGUGUGUUGGCAACACGUCACCUUCUAUCAUUGUUGUGGUCAGACUUUAAGAACCUUUGUCCUGAACAUGAUGUAAAGGACCCAAAAUACAAUUGUGAUAUAUUUUAACAAUGGUUGCCAUGGUAGCAGGACAGGCAUCGCUGUAGAUGUUUUGUUUGUGUCGACUGGUUCAUCAAGGUCACGGCAAGGUCAGCAAAAACUUGAGAAAAGAUUUGUGAAGUCUAUUUGACGAACAGUUCCAGGUAGAGAUAAAGGGGCGAGAAGUAGCCCUGAAACGUCUUUACAAAGGUAAAGAAGUUGUUAUUCAUUAAGAAGUAUCCUAUGUUAAUCUAGUUAAGAUGUUCACGUCUAUGCAUGAUUUCAAUACCAGACAUAUCAUCAUCAAAAUCAAAAGAUUGUGCAAUUGUUUCUCUCCCUUUGAUAGCUCCCUGAGCACUUGUGUCCAUGAUAAGCAUGGGACGAAGGAAAGGACGUGUAUUUUAUAGAAUAACAUGGUGAGGAAACAUCCACACUUGUGUUGUUUAUUUUGUUCAGAAAGUGUACAUGAUAAUCAGUUCAAAUUUGCCAAGUCUGGAAAAGCAAUAUUUGUCUGUUGCAGUUGUGUAUGCACUUUGUAUAUUCAUUCUCAGUAACCUUACAAUGUAUUUAUAGUAUUUAUUAUCUCUGGGGUGGUCAGGCUUGGUCACUUGGUUGAUUGUUGGAAGUGUAAACCAACAGAGAAGCCUAGACUUGUCAUACAACGUGCCUCAACCAGAUUUUAUAAUAAGCGCCUACCAGUAGGCCCGUGGCAGAUACAUCUCGUGUCGGCCUGUAGCUUCAAAGUUGUAUGGGUUAUUAUAGCCUGCAGAAAACUUAUGUGUCUAUAUAUUUGUCACUAUAAGCUGCAGUUUUUUUAAAUGAGGACCUGAAAAGUUCAGUCAGGGCUGCCACUUCUAAAAUCUGUAAGUCCUGAUGG